GGGAAAAUAAGCCAGCGUCGCAUAUAAUGUAAACGGGAAGAAUAGUACACGUAUGCUGUCUUCAUACUGUUUCUGAACACAUGUAGUACAUUUAUAAUACAGAGAGUCACAGCUGUGUUAACAAUGAAGCUAAGUUCAGAGGAAAUGCCAAAAAGAUACAGCGGGAGCAUCCUGGAUAUUAUAUGUCAGCUGCCAGAUUUCUCACAGGACAAGAAGCUGGUUGGAACAUCUGGGGCACCUGAGUAUACUCGUGAUGCUUUACUGGAGAUGGCAGAACAGUAUCUAAAACUGAGGAUUAAGGAAGGAGAUACCACAGCAAACUUUGUUUUGGGACAGCUUUGCUUUGAAGAGGGUUGGUAUGAAGAUGCCUUAUUAUAUUUUGACAAAGUGAAGUUAAAUGACUGUCAAGCUAUAACGCAGUCAUCUAUGUAUCAAAUAGGAGUAAUGUAUUAUGAUGGACUGGGAGUUACAACAGACAAGGUAAAAGGAGUGGAAUACAUGCAAACAGUUUUCACAUCCAGCAGCUCCAAAGCUAAACACCUUAAAUUUGCAGUAGCCUACAAUGUAGGACGAGCAUGUUUUGAAGGGUGUGGAAAGCCUCAUUCAGAUAUUGAAGCAGAACGAUGGUGGCUUCUUGCUGCUAUUAAUGGGAAUCCUAUAGCAAGUGUGAAGGCACAGAGUAUACUGGGAAUGUUUUAUUUAAGACCUCCCACAAGAGAUCUACAAAAGGCUUUUUUCUGGCAUUCAGAAGCUUGUGGUAAUGGAAGUCUAGAGUCACAAGGAGCACUUGGUGUGAUGUAUAUCCAUGGACAUGGAAUCCAGGCAAAUUUACAGUCAGCUGUGGAAUGCCUGAAGCAGGCUGCAGAGAGGGGGAAUGUAUAUGCACAGGGACAUCUUGUUAGCUACUACUACCACAAGAAGCUUUAUACAAUGACCACAGAGCUAGCCAAGAGGGUCGUAUUAUAUGACAAUGUUGAUCAGCUGGCAAAAGAAACGGACUGUCUUGCUGCAUAUAUAACAAAAGGGAUUGCAAUGGCCACCUUUUAUUUGGCAAGAUGUCUCCAUCUUGGGCUGGGUAUUAAACAAGACAGUGCAGCUGCUAAAAAAUACUAUACAAAGGCAUGCUUUCUGGAUGCUGAUGUGGUUGCAGAACUUUACCUUCAUCUCAUUUAUGGGAAAAUAUAA